AUGUCAGCAGGUCGUCCGAUCCUGAAGACAUCUCUUCCCUCGAUGCACGCCGCUUCUGCAGCCUCGACGGGCCCCUCCAAACCCGCCGCGCCUCGCCGGGCGCCACCCAGUGCCCCAGGCUCUCAGUCUCAGCAGCAGACCGGUUUUCUUCCAAACAGACCCGAUGCCGAUCCGCGCCAUGUCGCGAUAGCUUUGCAUCACGCGCACCAGAUCCAGGCCCAGAAAGACACAGAGACCCUCAUCCUCGACCGCAUCCUCGAACUCGUCACGCUUCCUUCCUCGCCCUCCGCAGAUCCUGCCGCCCCAUCUCCCGAAGAUGCUCGGGCCUUCAAGUCCGCAUUGGUCCCCUUCCAGCCUGCCGACUACGACAACCUGCUGCUAGAACGCAAGAUCGAGGGACUCUGCGGGUACGGUCUUUGUCCUCGCCCGCACCGCCAGGAAGAUGCCAGAGGCACCUAUCGCAUAACGUGGGGCGCCAAGGGCAGUGGUCCCGGCGGUCGAGGACGCGAUAUGAAUAUUGUUCCUAAGGAGAAGCUGGAGAUGUGGUGUUCAGAUGAAUGCGCCGAACGAGCCAUGUACAUCCGAGUCCAACUGGCCGAGGAGCCGGUAUGGGAACGACGGGCGGAUGACGCGCGCGGCCAAGAUUUGCUCUUGCUCGAGGAGGGGAGGGCCAGGUCCCAGCAGGGCAAGGGCAAGGGCAAGAUGAGAAGCUCGGCAACUAGUUCAAGCGAUAUGGCAAAUGACAUCGCCAGGCUCUCCGUUCGCGACGAUAACCGUUCACGUGAACUCGCACUCGAACGUGGCGAUGCUCAUCCCGCGCUCUAUACCGGAAGAGUGGGUAUCAAUGUUCAAGAGAACUAUAACGCCCAGGGUCCAGCUACAGCGCCACAGAUGCGUCCCGGGGACGAGACGGGAGGCUCCAUUGAAGGAUAUGUGCCUCAAGACCGUUAA